UACAACGCCAAUAUUGGACUCAUCUCCAACUUUCUUUUUUUCGUUUAAAUCUGCUUUUAGUUGCCUGAUGAUGUGAAUAUUGUUAAGUAAGAUCGAAGUCAGUGAUUGUUGCUUCCCGUUUACAUAUUUACAAUGGGUGAUAGCAGUGAUUCCGAAGAGUUCUACGAUGCCGAAGAGCUCACACCCAUUAAAGGUUCUAAGAGAUCAUCAUUAUGCAGAAACACAAGCCUAACAGACAGUUCCAAAGAUAAAGAGAAGGAGAAACCGGCUGUAAAGACUGAAUCAACACUUGUGGAAGCACCAAGUAUAGCUCCGAGUGUAUCCACUGCCGAGGUUGCCCCAGCAGAUGAUGACCGGAAUACUGUUAAAAGUGUGGUGCAAGGGCGACGCCGGUUCCAAGAGCUACGACGCUGCAUGCAAACAGACGAGGAUGACGACACUGUUGAUGCUGCUGCUGACCACCACUCUUUCACAGAUGUUACGCAGCCAUUUAAGGUGAUAGCGCACGACACAAUGAGCCUUCAGAGCAUGACAUCCCUGGGUCGCAUUGGAAGGAUCCUCAGCGGCGCGUCGGAUUCACAUUCUAACAUUCGUGAAGUGGCCCAGGCGUCUGCACCGCCGCGAGAAACUCACACGCCUGACGAACCUGUACCGGUGGACAGAACGCAAAAUGUGCUAGCGAUGGAGCCGGACGUGAUAGCCAGCACGAAGGCAAACAGCGUGAAGCAAGCGGGCAGCGUCGUCACGGCGCCCGCCGGCCCGCUGCCGCCGCCGCGACGCAAGAAGCCGCGCAAACUGCACGGCUCUCAAUCACUAUCGACGGCCGACGGCGACAACCUCAGCAUCUGCACCAACGACACCGAUGACUACCGCUAUGAAAGGAGGAACAAGCUCGAUUCCUUGUCAGUUGAUCCUCCAUUACCUAAUUCUGUAAGCCAGUGCAUGGCGCUACCCAGCCCGGCGAGCACCAUCGAAUCCCUCACAAGAGAGUUCCAGGAUUCGCUAGAACUAUCCACUUCCAAAUAUGCGCACGACAAGUCAUCAAUGAGUCAUGAAUCGCGCGCGUCGUCACGAAGCAGUACAGGUACCUCGAUGAAACAGAGGCCUCCCGAAUCCACACUCGACAUUAAGGAGGCGGUUAGAGGUGAUUAUGUUGUGCGGCCGGCGGACGACGAACAGCGCUGCGGGUCGCGUACACACAGCGAGGGACGCUCGCAGCUCUCCACGGGGCACAGUAGCUUGGGCGGGAACACCAGACGGAGCAACUCAGAGUCCCUGGGCGGCGGCCGGCGCCGCUCCGCGGGCGACGAGCAGCUCGGGCUGGCGCUGCGCACACACUCCACCUCGGGACAACGUUUAACAGACAUGCAGAUACUCGAGCAGGUCACCGUGCUCAACCUGGACACCGGUCAGUGCUGUGAAGUGGUGCCUCUAAGCGUAGCGGAGCACAAAAUACCUCAAUGCAUCAAUCCACUGAGUCUGCACAUCAUGAGACUCACGUCGGAGUACAUAGGGCGAGCCAAUGACGACGAAAAUGUGAGGGAAACGGACGAGGAGAGCGAGAGCGUGUGCACGGGCGGCGCCGACGAGGACGGCAAGGAGGCCAAGCAGGCCGCCGACAGCAAGAACACUAUUCGGAAGAAGACUGAGAAGGCAGCCCCACCUCCAUUAGUGAAAAGUCACUCGCAAGACAGUAUAAACACGAAAAUAGUUCCCGAAGUGAACCAAAACAGACUAAAACGCUUCCUAGGCAGCACUGUGAAAAAAACAGUAGACGCAGCGAAAUCGCUGGCGCAAGAAGUGUCGCAUGCACGACACAAGGAGGACGUGGCCGACAUAGCGGACGACGUGCGGGGCGAGCACAACAUCAAGCUGAAGGCCUCCAACUCGCACAAGGGGCCUUACGACUUCGACGGCUGCGUGCGGCACGUGCAGGAGAUGGGCAGCGGGCACUCGGGCGCCGUGUGGUGCUGCAAGUUCAGUGUAUGCGGCCGCCUGCUCGCCACGGCCGGCCAGGACCGCCUGCUGCGGGUGUGGGUCGCGAGGGACGCUUACGCCGUCUUCCAGGACAUGCGCACAAAAUACAACGCAGAGCAGAAAUCCUCCCCGACCCCCUCACAAGAGUCCCUCGCGUCGCUCACCGCCCCACCACCGAGUCCAGAGGACACACCCUUAGGCCCCUCCGCCCCAUUCCACCCGAAACCUUUCUGCACCUAUUCGGGGCAUACAUCAGACUUGCUAGACGUAUCCUGGUCUAAGAACUACUUCAUACUGUCAAGCUCGAUGGACAAAACUGUUCGGCUGUGGCACAUCUCGCGCGGGGAGUGCCUGUGCUGCUUCCAGCACAUCGACUUCGUGACCGCCAUCGUGUUCCACCCGCGCGACGACCGGUACUUCCUGUCGGGUAGUCUGGACGGGAAGCUGAGGCUUUGGAACAUUCCUGAUAAGAAGGUCGCGGUUUGGAACGAGGUCGACGGCAAAACAAAACUAAUAACUGCCGCAAACUUCUGUCAAAACGGCAAGUUUGCCGUCGUUGGCACCUACGACGGCCGCUGCAUCUUCUACACCACCGACCAGCUCAAGUACCACACGCAGAUAGACGUGCGCUCCACUAGAGGCAAGAACUCCACCGGGAGGAAGAUCAGCGGCAUAGAACCCAUGCCCAACGACGACAAAAUCCUAGUAACAUCAAACGACAGCAGAAUAAGACUGUACGAUCUCAGAGACUUGAACCUCUCCUGCAAAUACAAGGGCUACGUGAACGUAUCGAGUCAAAUCAAAGCCUCGUUCUCACACGACGGCAAAUACAUAGUCAGCGGGUCAGAGAACCAGUGCAUUUAUAUUUGGAAGACGUAUCAUGACUACUCUAAGUUCACGUCGGUGAGGCGGGACAGGAACGACUUCUGGGAGGGGAUCAAGGCACACAACGCGGUGGUGACCUGCGCGGUGUUCGCGCCCAACCCGGACCAUAUGAUCCGCAUGAUUGCGGAGCGGGAGGAGGAAGAGAAGGCCAGCAAAGGAAUCGACGAUAAGGAGGAGCCGAAGGGCACGGAGGGCAUGGUUUCCUCCUCGCAGACGGGGCACGUGCUGGUGAGCACGGACUUUAACGGCUGCAUCCGCGUGUUCGUGCACAAGGCCAAGCCCAAGCACUCCUCGCUGCCCGCCUCUGCGCUCGCGUAGCCUCACAACACACAAUCAGAAGGGCACGGCCUGGUGUCCCACAAAACGGACUUCUACGUUCAUUCUCAAGGCCCAAGCCAGGCUUCACGCUCGCGUAGGUAGCCGUAUAAGAUAUCUUACAGAAGGCAGGGAGUGGUUCUCAAAGCGCAGCCUAGGCACUCGUCGGGCGUCGCUGCCCGCCUCCGCGCUUCCACAACAUAUCUUACAGAAAGGAGUCUAACGAACGGGACACGUGAUCGUAAAAACGGACUUUACGCUCGUUCUCAAGGCCUAGCCUAGCCCGGGCACUUCUUGAUGUCUGGCUUCGCGAUUAGCCUACACGUUACAAAAGGGCAGUGCGUGUGCGUGUCUCACAGACGGGGCACGUGCUCGUCACUGAUGGAAUGGACUUCGAAAUCGUGCACAAAACCCAUUCCAAGCUGUCCUCGCUGCCCUUUUACGUGUUCGCUUAGCCUCCAUCUUUGCAGGCGAAGUGAAAUCUGGCUAUCAUCACCAGUAAUCUCGAUUUUCUAUUUCAACUGGCUCUAUUGCUCUUUCAUUAUCUUGCUUUAGUUUGGCUUGGUUUGGCCAACUAUGUUAAGAAAUGUCAAGGUACAACAAUGCAGUAUAUCUCUGUUUUCUUUUCUUCAAUAUAAGCAUAAGGUUAUUAGAUUCCUGUUCGUUUGUAUUUCGUUAUUCUAGUAUGAUCAGAUCUGACUUUAUAAAUUACUCCUUUAUUAGCAGCCUAUGCUGUCGGUUCUUCAAUCUUUCUAUACUUUCACUCUAUCCCAAACUUUAAGGCCUCAUAUAGACGGUGCGAGAACUCGCAUGCGAGUUUCAUUACAUUACGUUGUUUGAUCGGUAGGCUGAAUUGAUGUAACCUCAAUGGUCCGCAAUGUAACUAUGCGAGUUCGCGCGCCGUCUAUAUAAGCCCUGUACUUAUUCUUUUCUUAAUUUUAAGGUGGGUUUGUACAGUUUAAGUAGUGCUUUUACUUUUUUGUUAUUUCGCAACCACCAACACCCCAUUUCAACAUUUUAGUAGUCAAUAUUUACCGUUGUGAGAAUAAACACCAACAUUAUGUUAAAGGUCAAUAUCAAAACCACUAGCAUUGCUAGAACAAUCGCUUUAUUGACAGACAUAUUGGGAGACCUACUAGAAAGGUCGACUUUACAUUGGAGAAACUAAUAAUAGAGAUAGUUCGUGAGGCAUUAGGGGGUGUCCAUUAAUCACGUCCCCGAUGUUGCCGAUUUUUGACUCGCCCCCCCUCUAGGCCCCCUAAACCUAAACGCAUCACGUUUAAUCACUUAAGCGUAAGAAUGUGAAAGUAAAUCGAACGAUAACAGACAAAGUAAAUAUUAUUUUUUAGUUAUUUACGGUUGAUUGCAGUAUGAAUAGUUAUGAUAGUUAGGAUUUUAUAACUACAUUAUGUUUAUACAGCGGGUGCGCUACUUGCAAUAUUUAUUACAGCCAUAUUAUAUAAAACUAAUCGAAUUUGAGUGGUUAUCGGUAUAUUCUUGUGGGUGUUUUGCGUUGCUACGUACGUAUAUCUCCUUUAAAAUUUGAUGAAGAUAAUUAUUGUUUACAUUAUUUAUAAAUAAAAAUGAAUUAAACGUCGUUAUUUGACGUUGCGGUAAAAUGUUAUUUUGUAUCAAUGCUUGCAUGCGAUAAAGAUGUCUUUAUUUAUUUCAAAAUCUUGAGCACGCAACUCGUUUAUUGUCAUAUUAUAAUAUUUUACUUCGUCUAUAUACUUAGAUCAUGACUAAUAUGAUUUGUUGAUAUGGAAACAUUGUCUCAUUCAUACGCAUACAACUAUUUAUGAUUAGAAGACACAUUACUUAAUUAUUCAAUCAAUUAUAAACGGCUUUUGUUAUAUUUUUAAAUUGAAAAUUAGACAGGUUUCUGAUUGAGGUGAUUUUUUAGUAACAAUAUAAAAAUACUAGCGUACCUACUCCAUAUCAUCUAAUUAAAGUUCUGCGGAACCCUGUCAUUCUAAUAAUCAGCUUACCACCUUUUAACCUUUUGGACGCCAAUGACCGAUAUAUCCGCACCGCAGGUUCAACGCCAAAGACCGAUUAGUCGGUCACAGACCACAGAGCAACAAAGACCUACGUGCAUAUGCAUAAAGUUCAAUUUCAGUUUUGACACUUCGGUGACGUGGCGUCUGAGUGACAGCUUUCGUGUUUGAUACGGCGUCGAAAAGGUUAACCCUUUGAACGCCAUGCCUAUUGUACCUAUAUAGCCCGCCAUCGUAAACCUUGGAAUGCACGAAGGUUAAUAUUACAAUACAUAUUAUAACCAUCCGGCCUGUGGCCGUCUCGAAAUAUAUAUCUUAUCGGAAUAUAUGAAGGUGCAUUUUACACUAAACGCGUUCAUAGUGUGAACGUCUUUGAUGGUAACGGGGAAAAGUUAUUGCAACACAGUAUGACGUCAGCAUAAGUUCAUUUAAAGACAAUAGAAUUACAGCUCGUAUUACUUAGCACUAAUGGAGGUUUUUAUAUUCGCGCCUCAUAUAUUUUUAAUAAGUUCUUGCCUUAACUAGUAAACCCAUGUGAUUAUAGUAAGUGUACAUUGAUUAGUUAGUAUUGUAUUAUACAGAUCGCGAUGCCAUUGUCAUAUGAAUGAUUAUCAUAUAUUUGUAACUAGUGUUUGCCUCAAUAAAUAAUGGUUAUUUA